UGCUAUCCAAGCUUAAAAGCUUUGGUUGAAUGCUAGUAUAGUAUAGGGUUUGGACCACCCACACCGUUGGUAUGCGCCAAUAGCUUUCGAAGCCUUCGGUCGAUUCCGGGCAAAUUUUAGUCCCGUUUCGACGGCCGAAAGAGUCACAACAAGUAGUUAGAAAUUCUGGAGCUUUUAAGCUCCACGUACGCGUAACUAAAACGGGUUCGAUCAACAGUUGGAUUUAGGAUUUAAACAAUUAUUGAAACAAAAACCUAAAAAAGGUAAAUAAAAUGGAUUCCUUAGAAGAUGAAGAAGAAAGAGAUUCGGUUUAUAUCGUAGCUCUUUACGCGGUGGUCUCGUUUAUUUGCGUUUUAGUAUUGAUUAUGGUGGUUUAUGUGGCCUGUACGAAAAAGUACAAAUUAAACUGGUUUGAAAAGAAUCUUUUAGAGAACGCAGAUGGAUCAAAAGAGAUGACUCAUUGCAGUCAAGAAGCUUUAAUGGGUAUGAACGAAUCAACGGCCGGAAGUAGUAAAAUUUUAUAUCCUUUACCGCCUGAAAGAGGAAAAUUUUGGAUACCACAUAAUUUACAAAUAAAUUCAUCGUGUCCUAGUGAUAUCGAUUCAAGUCCUGAUAAUUCUUUACCGACAAGUCCAACAUCAUCAACAAGCCUUCAACCUUCUCCAUUUUCUGGACCAAUCGCUAUAGCGCGAAACGACACUCAAGUUAUUUUAACAAACAGCAGUCCUUUACGACCAAGAGUAGCUUCAAUGCAAUCCAAAUUGGAUCAUACGAAAAUUGAUACCUCUUUAUAUCAGAAAGAAUCCCCGGGAGAACCCGAAGACGUCAGAGGAUCCAUUCAUCUUUCUCUAAGUUACGAUUUAAUAGCGGGAUUAUUAACUGUAAGAUUAAUUGAGGCUCACGACUUACAAGCAAGGGAUUUUAGUGGGACCGCGGAUCCUUAUGCGAAAAUUAGAUUGUUGCCAGAUAAAACGAACGUGUGGCAAACAAGAAUUCACAAAAAAACAUUAAAUCCCGUUUUCGACGAAGAUUUUGUAUUCGAAGUAAAAUCAACUACUCUUUCAAGACAUACUUUAGAAGUUCUUUUGUACGAUUUCGAUGCUUAUUCGAGGCAUCACAACAUUGGAGGAGUUCAACUUCCACUUUGUAAUAUUGAUUUGAACGAAAAAGUUAAUAUUUGGCAAUGUUUAACGCCUUGUUUCGGACAUGACCCGAAAGUUGAUUUGGGCGAAUUAAUGGUUUCUUUGGCGUAUUUACCAUCGGCGGAAAGAUUAACUGUCGUUGUGAUUAAAGCGAGGAAUCUCCGAAUUGUCGAUGAUACAAGAAACAGUUCAGAUCCUUACGUGAAAGUGUCUCUUUACCAAGGAAUUAAGCGAUUAAAAAAGCGUAAAACCGGUGUUCAUAGAAACACGAUAAAUCCGGUUUUUAAUGAAGCAUUAACGUUUGAUAUUGACAAGGAAUCACUGAAGAAAUGUCGGAUUGAGUUUAAUGUGUUACAUGAUAGUUUAUUGGGUGCUAGUGAAAUGUUGGGUUAUUGCCGCGUUGGAAGAACGAAAGAAUGUAGACCGGAAGAGAAAAGUUUUUUUAUUGAUAUGUUAAAAAGUAAAACGGCUACAGCUCAGUGGUUAACUUUAGCCGAUGAUCCAAAAAUGCCUCCGUAAAAAUAGUAAUGUUUAAGAAAUUAAUAUAUAUUACAAAAAAUGGGGUAUUUAAAAAAACGCUUCGAGAAUAUACAAUUAUAUUAAAUAAAACAAUUAAAAUAUACAAUUUUAUGUGGAAAACUGAAUAAUAUCUAUAAAUGGUAAGUAUUUACUAGAGUAUUUAUACAUUAAAUUAAAUGAGAUGUGAGAAAAUAUAAAUAUCG